AGGAAGAACUCCGUGGUAAAAUACCGUCACAAAUAAGCUCAAUCAAGAAUUCCAAAAAGGAAAAAAAAAACUUUCCCUCUUUCAUCUCAUCCAGAAAUCCAUCACUUCAAUGUAAAUUGUUGUGUUUUUAACAUAAUCCACAUGGAAACUGAUCAAAGAGGACUACUUGCAGAUGAAAAAGAAGAAGAUGAAAUCAGCAGCAAGAAACAGAAGAUAACCCAAAUUGAGCAGCCAGAGAUUUUUAUUGACAAGGUAAAGUUUACUAUUCCUUUAUAACACACAAAGCACAAAGCACAAAGCACAAAGUACAAGUGUUGCUACUGAAAGAAGCAAAGAAGAAACUGAUGGUAAAAUGCCCUUAAGUACAUUUCAUGAGAAAAGACCCUUAUUUGUAAAUGAAUGGCAAAACAUGGAGAAGAAAGAGGCAUUUUUGGGUACUGAUGAAUCUAAAGGCUUGAACUCUAACAUGCACAAAUUCCGAGGAAAAGAACCCUUAGUUUGUAUAGAAUCUUAUUCUAAAGAAACAUCAUGUUUAAAAUCUAAUGUCCAUGGUGGCACAGAAUCAUCUGAUGAAUGUAAUAAAGCCAAGAUAAGCUUAAUUGGCGUGCGAAGGCAAAAGAAUGGGAGGUAUGGUGCUGUGAUUACAGACAAAAUUAGGCAUAAGCAAGUAUGGUUGGGAACUUUUAACACUGUUGAAGAGGCUUCACAAGCUUAUUUGUCCAAGAAGUCUGAGUUUGAGAAAUUAAGCCAGCAGGGUAAUAAGGACAAUGAACCAAAGGAGAAUCUUCAUCAAAUUCAGCUGCUUGAAUCAUCUAUUGUGACAUCCUUGUCUGUGGGAAAUGAUCAAACCUUGGAUACUGCUAGUGUGAGUAGAAUCAAUUCUCACGAAACAACAACACAUAUCAUUGAGGUUCACAGGAACAACUGGUCAGGGAAAGAACCCGAAUCUUCUAAAGAAACCAUAUGUCUAAUGGCUAAUGUACAUGGCACAGAAUCAUCUGAUGAAUGUAAUGCUAGUGCAAGCAAUCCUAAAGCCAAGAUAAGCUUGCUUGGUGUGCGAAGGCAAAAGAAUGGGAGGUAUGGUGCUGUGAUUACAGAUACCACUAGGCAUAAGCAAGUAUGGUUGGGCACUUUUGACACUGUUGAAGAGGCUUCACAAGCUUAUUUUUCCAAGAAGUCUGAGCUUGAGAAUGCAAAAUUAAACCAGCAGCGUAAUGAGGAGAAUACACCAAAGAAGAAUUGUGAUCAAAUUCAGCAGCCUGAAUCACCUGUUGUACUGGCAUCCUUGUCUGUGGCUGAUGUUCAAACCUUAGAUACUGCUAGUGUGGGUAUGAGAAAUGAAAGAAUCGAUUUUCACAGAACAACACAUAUCGUUGGGGUUCAUAAGAGCAAGACGUCAGAGAAAGAACCCGAGUCUUCUAAAGAAACCUCAUGUCUAAUGGCUAAUAUUCAUGGCACAGAAUCUUCUAAUGAGUGUAAUACUACUAAUGUCGGCAAUCCUAAAGCCAACAGAAGCUUGCCUGGAAUCCGAAGGCAAAAGAACGGGAGGUAUGGUGCUGUGAUUAGAGACACAACUAGGCAUAAUCAAGUAUGGUUGGGCACUUUUGACACUGUUGAACAGGCUUCACAAGCUUAUUUCUCCAAGAAGUCUGAGCUUGAUAUUGAGAAAUUAAACCAGCAGGGUAAUAAGGAGAACUGUGAUCAAAUUCAGCAGCCUGAAGCACCUGUUGUGGCAUCCUUGUCUGUGGCUAAUGACCAAACCUUUAAUGCUGCUAGUGUUGGUAGAAGAAAUAAAAGAAUCGAUUCUCACAAAGCAGCAACACAUAUUGUUGGGGUUCACAAGAACAAGAUGUCAGGGAAAGAACUCGAGUCUUCUAAAGGAACCACACGUCUAAUGGAUAAUGUCUAUGGCACAGAAUCAUGUGAUGAGUGUAAUACUACUACAAGUUGUGAUCCUAAAGCCAAGAUAAGCUUAAUUGGAAUCCGAAGGCAAAAGAAUGGAAGGUAUGGUGCUGUGAUUAAAGAUCGAAUUAAGCAUAAGACAGUAUGGUUGGGAACUUUUGACACUGUUGAAGAGGCUUCACAAGCUUAUUUGUCCAAGAAGUCUGAGCUUAAGAAAUUAGGACAGCAGAGUAAUAAGGAGAAUAAACCAAGGAAAAAUUGUGAUCAAGUUCAGCAGUCUGAAUCUCCUCUUGUGGCAUCCUUGUCUGUGGCUAAUCAUGAUCAAUCCUUAAACACUGCUCAAGUGAGUAGAAGAACUAAAAUAAUCGAUUCUCAGAAAAUAACACAUUUCUUUAGGGUUCACAAGAGAAAGAGUUCAGGUAAAUAUACAUCUGAGAUUAGAAACCCCAUCAGUAAGAAAAGAGUUUGGUUGGGGACUUUUGGCACUGCUGAAGAGGCUUCCCGGGCUUAUCAGUCUAAGAAGCUAGAGUUUCAGAGACUAGUCGAUGCAAAGCGACAAUGUGGUAAUGAACAAACUCAUUCUACGCAAGAUGAGAAAUCAGAGAAAUUAGUCAAGGUCAAGUCAGGGCAUGACAAUGUAAAUUGUGAACUCAAAUCAGCUGGUGGAUCAGAAAUUGAUGUUCCAAUCUCGAAUUCAUCAAAUGGCGGAACUGAGCAAAGGAUUGAUUCUCACGAAAUAGGCACUGCUGAAGAAGCUUUCCGUGCUUAUCAGUCUAAGAGAUUUGAUCUUCAGAUCUCAAAGGAGGUCGAGCUGCAAAGAGAGAUGCCAACUGAUUCUAGUGCCAGGGAGAAGCAAGAAGGUCAAGAGGAUAAUGAAGAUUUACGGAUGGGGGAAUGGGUGCAACUUCCAGGUAAUAGGGCAGUCAAAUUUUCACUAAAAUUGGGCUUACCAAUCAUCGACAACUUUGGAUCUCUUUUAGGUGAAUUCAGCACUUUGGAUGAUCUGAGUAUUUGUAAGUGAGGAUGGCAAUUAAACAUAAUUGUACUUUACCUAGCUUACAGUUUGAAAGUUUGUAAAUUGCAAGAAGCUUUUGGGUAGUUAGCAGUUUUAGGACUGUAAGAUAGUAGUAAUAUGUAAGUUUCUGGCUGUAAAAUGUUAAGACUUGUUCUACAUAUUUCAAAUUUUCAUUUAGACUGCCCA